UAGUUUUGUGAAUUGUGAACAAGACAACAGAAGAAAACUCAUAUCCUUAGUCUCUACUCUUUACCAACAAAACAACAUCAUCCUACAAAACCCAAAAUCCUCCCAAACUAAUUCCCCAUCCUUACCAAUGGAAGCAAUGGGAGCUGUAAGGGGAUUGACCCCCUGCAUUUCAUCACCACCACCCAACUCUUCUUCCCCAACUCACCGCAGCAACAUCCUCUUCCGCCGCAACAAUAACCCACAAAAAUUAGCUGCAUUUCAUUCUCAAUCCCAUCUUUUUUCUUAUUCCCCAACAUCUCCUCUCACUCACUCUUCUUCUCGAAACAAUUCUUUCACACCCCACAUCUUUCUUCCUCGUUUAGUCGCAUCCAUGGAGCAAGUAGAGGAGACUUACAUUAUGGUUAAACCAGAUGGAGUUCAGCGUGGCCUUGUUGGAGAGAUAAUAUCCAGGUUUGAGAAGAAGGGUUUUAAGUUGAUUGGAUUGAAGAUGUACCAGUGCCCUAAAGAAUUAGCUGAGGAACACUACAAGGAUUUGAAGGCUAAGUCGUUUUAUCAGAAGCUGAUUGACUACAUAACUUCAGGUCCAGUGGUGUGUAUGGCUUGGGAGGGUGUUGGAGUGGUUGCAUCAGCACGUAAGCUUAUAGGGGCAACAGAUCCUCUUCAAGCUGAACCUGGAACUAUUAGAGGAGACCUUUCAGUUCAAACGGGAAGGAAUGUAAUCCAUGGAAGUGAUAGCCCUGACAAUGGCAAGCGUGAAAUAGCUCUCUGGUUCAAAGAAGGUGAAGUAUGUCAAUGGACCUCUGCUCAAGCACCAUGGCUAAGGGAGUGAUUGUAUUUGGUCCUUUCUGUGAUUCUACUGACUGAGCAUUGCACAGUUUUGAGGCUUUGUUUACACUGGCUCAACAUUUAUUCUGCCAGUUGCUUGAACUGUAAUUUUGUGGAAGAGUUCUGUAAGAUGUGUGUCUCACCUUUAUACACAAACACAAGUUUUUGAAUAAAUUCCAAUUCACUGAUGUAAACAGUAAUAUAAUUGCUUAUGACCAUCACUGUCCUUAUUGGUUUUG